AUCGAAACUGUUCAAGGGUAACGCCAGUUGGCAAAACUAAAAUGAUUUUGCUAGUUUUGAGUGUGGUUUUACUUGUGGCUUUACGAAUUUUCUUUUUCUGGAGGUUCCAGUAUUGGGAAAAACUACAAAUCCCGUAUCUUCGACCCUACUGUCCAUUUGGCUGUUUGCCAAACCCCCUCAUCAACAAAGAGAAGGGUGGAAUUAUUUUAAAACGACUUUACAGAAACGUAAGGGAUAAAGGAUGGAAACAUGCCGGUAUUUUUGUUUUUGUUACUCCCGUUUAUCUUCCCACCAACUUGGACUACAUCAAAAAUAUUUUGACCAAAGAUUUUGAACAUUUCGACGAUCGUGGAUUGUAUUACAAUGAAAAAGAUGACCCGUUAAGUGGCCACUUGAUAAAUUUAGGUGGUCCUAAGGGUGUGACAAUGCGGAAAAAGCUCAACUCUUUGUUCACUCCCAGCAGUUUAAAGAUGAUGUUCCAAACUCUCAAUACAUCAAUUGAAGAUUUGCUUCAACAAAUUCACUCUCGUAACACCAUCGACAUCCACAAACUGUUCACCUGCUUUACCAUCCACGUCAUUGCUUCAUGUACUUUGGGCCUUGAAUGCAAUAUCUUCAAAGAAGAACACCUCUUGUUUGAAUCUUACGCUAACAAAUUUUUGGUCUGGUCAAGAGGCAAAUGGUGUUUGCAGCUUUUGGCAGCUAUGUACAUCGAUACUGCGAGAAAAUUAAAAGUGCGAACUGUACCGAAAGAAACUGAAGAUUUCUUCGUUAAAAUUGUGACCAAGAAUAUUAAAUAUCGGGAAGAAAAUGACUAUUUUAGACAAGAUAUGAUGCAGUUUUUCAUUGAGCAGAAGAAUGCCAACACUAUGAGUAUCAACGAAAUUAUUGCUCAAUGCUUCAUCUUUUUUAUAGCUGCUUAUGAAACCUCGACCACUACUCUUACUUUUGCACUGUAUGAACUGGCCCAAAAUUUAGACAUACAAGAUCGGGUCAGGAGAGAAAUCACUUCAGUUUUGCUAAAGCACCAAAAAUACAGUUAUGAAGCCAUUGCCGAAAUGAAAUAUUUGAACCAGAUUGUUGACGAAACUAUGAGAAAAUAUCCACCGUUUUUGUAUGUAGUGCGACGAUGUACUAAAGACUACACGAUACCUGGCGAAGAUGUAACUAUUAAAAAAGGCAUUUUUGCCUUGAUCUCAAUUUUAGGUAUCCACCAUGACGAGGAAAUUUAUCCAAAUCCGCAAAAAUUUGACCCAGAUAGAUUCAGUAAAGAAAACAAAAAAAUGCGGCACCCUUAUGCAUACUUACCAUUCGGAGAAGGUCCAAGAAUAUGUAUUGGAAAACGGUUUGCUUUGAUGCAGAUUAAAUUUGGUCUAGCUGCUUUGUUGGAAAAAUACAAAUUUACUCUAAAUGAAAAAACCAAAGUUCCCUUGGAAAUUAGAACAGACACGUUGGUGGUUGCACCCAAAGGUGAUGUUCUGUUAGAUAUACAAAAGAUAAACUAGAAAAAUUGUUUAAAUCUAUAUUAAUAAAUACAUAGUAAUUUUUCCA